AUGGACGUCGAUCGCUUGAUGCGCGAUCUGACAGUCGAUCAAUUGGAGAAUAUUCAACAGAACCUAGAAAAAGAAAUGGAGGGUAAGCGAGAAAGCCUCCGCGAAAUGGUAGGCCGACGCUACCGAGAUGUUCUCGAAGCUUCGUCUGAAGUUCGUCAAGUUUGUACAUUAGCCGAGAAACUUGCUUCCGACAUUGCCAACACUCGAAUCAGUUAUCAGUCUAAUCCUCUGCGAACGGGAAGUAAGGAUGAACAAAAAGCCGGAGAACAUCUUUAUGCUGUAAAUUAUUUGAUAUCGAGCAUAGGGAACGAUGGCGGUGAACCACUUGAUGAUAUAGUAGCGUUUUGCAUGGUCGAACAUCUACAGAAGCAGCUCAUCAGUAAUCAUUCAUCUCCAGUGAUUCAUAAAACUGCGAGAGGGCUGACGAACCGUGUAGUUGCGACUCGAUCUGAACUUGAAUUUCAAAACACUUCUACACUUUUGGAUAUUUCCCGGUCAGACUGGGCUACCAAUCAACUGGCCGCGAUUGCGUUACUUGAAGGAAAAGAAAUUGGACAACUUCUGGAUCUGUAUCUCGAGAAACGGUUCGAUUAUAUAAAAGGCCUUAUUGAAGAUUCAGCGACUAUUCUGAGCAUAGUUGAUGAAAUAAAGAAGACACUAACGGUUGUCGAAGAAUUGUUCGUACAUGGAGAACUUAUUCAUGCCAUUCAUUCAGUUUGUAAUGGGCAAUAUAGAUGUGAACUCAUACGCGAAAUGUGCGCUGAUCAGUCAUAUUCGUUCGAAAGAACUAUAAACGAGGACUCUGAUCGAGUUUGGAGACAUAUGAGAGAGAAGCUCAGCGGAAGAAGUGCUGGAACAUUACAGUCUCAGUUCGUUGGAGAAAAGUGUGCUGAAUGGAUCGAUAGGACUUGUCUGGUUACUCACAAGUUGGUAUCCGAAGUUUGCGAAUACUUCGACAGCUUAGAUCAGAUCAUCGAUCUUCUCCAAGCAAUCACCUUGUCCCUGAAGCAAGAUUGGCCGAAAAUCGGAUCUAACCGAACUGUUUAUGAAAAACUUCUUCAGACCGCAGUAGUGGAUAAAGCACAGGUGCUACUAGUUCAAAUGAUAGAAUCAAUUGAAAUUGCUGCGAAGAAAAGAUUCGAAUCCACAAGUGACGGGCCUUCAACUGCUAUCUUUGAUGAACGCACUUAUCGUCCGGACUCACAGUCUCAUAUUGGGAUAUCAACGCAACUUUACAAAUGCGUCAAAACUCUAUGGGAAUCGCUUGAACAACUGAACGAAAAGUGCUCUCAAUUCGAAACAAUUUGUGCUCCAAUGGCAGAUACAAAAAUUGCUAGCGCAAUGAAGGAAAAGAUGGCAACGAAUGUUCUACAAUUACUACUCCGUUUAUGCGAACUUCAUUCGGAUCAACAAAAUGAGUCGACGAGAAGUUUGUCUAGAGCUCGAUUGGCUUUGGCUCUCGUUCACUCAGAAUCUACACUGAUCAGCACUCUCCUCGACAAAGACUCACAACGCAUAACGUCUCUCAAUCAACGACUCCAUGCAAUAAUUGAGAAGAAUCUUGUGUAA